AUGUUCAUUGCUAUCAAGGGUGGCAUUUUCGCUCCAGAUUCGACCAGGGCCAGAAGGUGGACCGGGGGCAUUCGCUCCAUUGAGGAGGCUCUCCGUUUCCUGUCUGGGGUUCAGCCGGACCCACCAGACGAUCGUCCACCGCCGGUGGACGCGCCGGAAAUCGAACCUGGGGAUCAGUCAGAUCCUGAGUCCACUGCUGAGAGUAUCGGAACGGAGGGCGAGGCUGAUGAGGCCGUUGCCUCCGCAUAUUUCUUGGGUGAGGAUCUGAACGUUUCUGCUGAGGCCCGAAGUUUUGUCAAGUGUUUUAGGCAUCGUAUGAGUGGAGUUGUUCACGCGGCUCGGGAUGGCCAGCCUCCUGAUGAGGGCGAGAUGACAGUCUUCAGAUGUGGACGUUUUGCAAACCACAUGUCCGCCAUCGAUAGCGAGGCUGUGUUCUUGUCAAAGUGCACUCAGCUGGGGCUGCCCGAGGAUGCUCGGGGAAAGCUCAAACGAAAGGGCUGGGCCACUUUCGGCACUUUUGCAUUCUGCGUGCCAGGGGAGCCCGGAAGGAUUCCCGAUGAUGUCUUCAAAACCUCCGUUGUGCAGCCAAUCCUCGGUGAUGGGGGUGAGGAGCAUCAGGCGAAACUUAGGCGGCUCCACUUUGAGGCAUAUGCUUUGACAGCAGCUGAGCUGAAGCGGACGGCCGAGUCCAACCGCGUAAGGCGCGUUAAGCCUCUCCGGCUUGUGGACCGCUUGGAGCCUUCGCAUGCGCUUGUGAACCUGUCAGCCCAAAUGCUUGAGGAUCAGCGGGUGCGCUACAUUGAGUGGUCGAAGUGUACUAGUCGUGCCCAGGAGAUAAAUCUUGUGAAGGAGGACGCUAGCUUGAAGCUGCUUCAGGGUGGCCGCUCAGGAUCCGUCAAGCUAGUGGAUCCCGGUGCUAAAAUCACUGCUGAUACUAAGUCUGACCUUGAGGUGAUGCAGGCCUUGCGUCGCAGAGGGGUGGCAUAUGAACUUGCUGCCAUCAUGUCGUUCGAGAGGCACGAGGAAUUGAUUGACCGACUGUUCAUGGAGUACCAACGUGAGCCCAUGGCUGGGUUUCACCCCGUCUCCUUCUCUCAACUUCAGGCUGCGGACAGGGAGGUUCAUGUUCGCAUGGGGGAGCUCACCCGAGCUGGACUUGUGCCAGGGGCGGAUGGCUCCUUGCCGCUUGACAUCCCGGUGUCUCGGGUGCUGGCGGGCUCCCACAUCCAGUGGAUGUUGAUGCCUCGGCAAAAGGGGUCCGGUCCCUUGGGCAGUUCGGGCGCUGGCGAGGCUAAUGAGAAGCCAGACAAGCCACCGCGCAAGCCGCCCACAAAGACGGAUCCGUCGAAGGCGACGGAUAAGGGUCAGGGCGCCGAUAAGAAUCAGAAGGCUGAUUCCGGUGCAUCGCCGAAUGCGGCUGAGCGACCUGGCAAGCCACGGAAGACUCGCUUCGUCAUGCCAAAGGCGCUCAUCGGCCAAGUACACAAUGCAACACAUGUGCAUGACACGGCCACCAGCCAUUUUGGCAAUGAUCGUGAUACGAAUGCGGAAGUUUUUGCUGCUACCUUGAUCGGCAAAGUCGAUGCAGGGGGCAUUCGUCGUCUUUUGGAGCUGCUUCCCUCGGAGGCACCGUCGCGCGGUUCGCGUGAGGUGGGCCGUGGGUCCGAAUUUUCUUUCACCACAGGUGCUUACACCUAUGAUCAUGGCAAGCGGCACGGCCUUCGCCAACAUUGCCGCGACUUUCCGAUGUCCACUAAGGUUCUGAAUGAGUUUAUGCGUUCGAUGGCGCCGGGCGCCUGCUACACUACACUGGCCUUGUUUCGUGAUCUUGAGACCCGGGUCCACUCAGACCACGGAAAUGAUCCCAGCCUGCUGAAUACCAUCCUGAAGGUUUCUGAGUUCAGCAACGGCGGCCUCUGGGUCGAGACGGUGGGCGGCAAGGUCCCGUGCCCGCUUCCGCAUCAGGGCCAAAGGAUGGGUAAAGUUGUCGAGUUUGCCAAUGGUGCAUUGAGCUUCGAUGCCCAACAGCCGGUCCCGAGUCUGCCUCUUCGGUUCUCCCUAGCCCUGGGGUUUUCCCUUUCCCGCCACCGGCGCCAACCCCGGCGCUUGCAGCUUCACCUGUCACCCUGUCUCCUCAGGCGAGCGUCCCAGGGACUGCGCCUCGAGUUGUUCUGUGGUUCUGCUGGCCUUUCGGCCGAGGUGCGCAAGCUGGGGUUCCGCGUGUUGGGAGUUGAUCACAAACCCACCGCUAAGCAUGCCAAUGCACCUUUCGUCAGCUUGGACUUGCGCGACCCAGAGCAGCAGGACCGCAUUUGGGUCGAGUUGCGCCGUGCUCAGGCCGUGUGGAUUGCUCCCCCGUGUGGGACUGCUUCGAUUAAGCUCCUGGGCUCAAGUCGUUUGUAG